GAGAAGCGAGGAAAUGGUGCGGAGCGAAGAAAGGGGUUGCGAAGGAAGAGGAUGUGAAACUGAAACGCGGACGCGUGGAACGAACAGAGAGAGAGAGAGAGAGAGCGAACGGAACGAAACGAAGCGAAGGGGGAGGGAAGGAAAUGGGUGGAAGAGGAGAAGCGUCGGAGAGAGAGAGGAAGCGAGAAGGAGCUGUGCACGAAGCGGAGGAGGAAAGGACGCAGGCGCCCAGGACGCGGGCCGACGCUGCUCGACGACGCUGCAUUGGCAGUUGCACCCCAGCCACACCCGGUACGAGCCAUGUAGUCGGGCUACCCUCCACCGCGAUACACGGCGGACAAUUGUUGCUUCUGCGCCCACAGGUGGUACAUCUUCAUCUUCGAUCUUCGUGCCCGUAGACGUUCGCCUCCUCGGUGUGUGCCUCGCGUCCCCUCGCGUCGAACGCAACUAAAUGGACGGGCCGGCUCGAUCGGUCGUUACCCGCUCGGCCAACCGCGCGUCGUGCUCGUAAUCGCGCUCUCCUCGUCCAUGUCGCGCUCCUCUCUCUCUCUCUCUCUCUCUAUCUCUUCUCUCUCCUCUCAGAGCCUACGUGCGUUGCUCUUCUACCUAACGACGCGUCGUUUUAUACGUAUACGUACGUAUGUAUAAUGCGAGCCUCGUUGUGGACACAACUUCGGCUCGUAUCGAACCACCGAAGCCCCGAGUAGCCGAGUAAGCGAGGCUAGCCUGCUACCUCGAAGAGCUUGAAUUAUUUCUACGUUAUAUAUAGAGAAAGUGGUGGAGGAGGAGGAGGAAGGUGCGUGGAGGAGGAACGAAGUGGUGGGAACGAACGAGUACGUGGCUCUGUGGACGAUCCAAGGCUGCGACGGAGCACGCUAACUCAGCCGCACGAGGGCAGAGUUGUAGCUCGCGGCACGCACGCGGCUUCCUCCUUUCGUCCGUCGUUUCAUCUCCAUCAGCCGGUGGAAAGGAAAAAAUCGGAGGAGGAAGGAAGGAAGGAAGAAAGGAAGGAAAGAAGGAAGAAAGGAAGGAAGAUGUCUGAAAUCGUUUGAGAGAGAGAAAUAUAUAUAUAUAGAAGAGGACGGAGGUGGGAGAGCGAGGAAGAGAGAAAAGGGAGAGGGGACCACUUACCAGGGGGAGUUAUCGACUACACACGUAAGGCGACAGCGCACACGUACGGAUACACAAACAUCGCGGACCUGUUGUCCAACUUGUUGCUCGUCCCUGCAAAAGGCACACCUCGCCUGCCUUCGCGACGCACAAGUCACUCUCGCCUUUCGAAAAAAAGCAGCCGUUGAAGAAGAAAACCACCAACUUCGAGCCUGAACUUCGACAACACGAACCGCCUCCUCGAAUUUCGAUCCCGAGUGUUGUUUCUCCGACCUCUGAUGACCAGUAAUCGCAUGGAUCGAAACGGAUAAACUCUGGUUUCGCUCCUCUACGUAAUUCAUAAUAAUUGAUCCUUCUUCUGCGAUCCGUCUUAAAGAAAGAUCUUUCCUUCUUCGACUUCGAUCGAUUUUCGGUGUGCAAGCACAACACCGUUAUUCCGCGUCCUCGAAAUCGGCGAGAUGAGGGUAUUGUCGCGAGAAUGGACACGCCCGACCAACGCGAUGUUGCGCCAAAGUGUUGCCGGCAUAAUGGAACGGUGCUCGGAUCAGCCGGGCGAGUAAGGCUUCUCGGAGUCGAGAGAGAGAGAGAGGAAGGGACAAACUGAUAUGAACACAUUUUUUACCAACUGCGAACACUGAAAAGGCUCGUUAGAAUUUUACUUGUCGAGUAUGAGGCGUGUAGAAGCUUUGUCCAAGGAAGGAGAGCGAGCACCGGGAGGCAACGGGAAGCGGAGAACGGGGCAGAGGUAGACGGAAAAUAGGGACGGGGAGGGGAAAAGAAACGUAAUCUUCCACCCGCGAAAUACAACGAAAGCAAUACUACAAACAAGGUAAAGCGAAUCUAAAGAGAAUCUAAAGACAAAAAAAAGGAAACAAGAUAGAAAGAGGAAGGAAAUUUAAAAAAGAAAGAAGCGAAGAAUCUUCUCUUUCUUGCUCUCUGCGUAUAUAAAAUACUCGAGUACCGAUCACCGAAACGAUCUCGACUGCGAGCACACUGCUUUUGGCCCAAGUGUUUUCGAAACGAAGUUUCCAGCGCGAACUUCCGGAUACUCCUUAAACUUCCGGGUGUAUCCGGCCGGGCCUCGAGUUGCAUCGACUCGUUUCGCCCAAGAGAUAUUUUAAUAUAAAAAUUUUAAAUAUAAAUCUGUACGCGUACUUGUGCGCGCACUGUGUCUAUCUAUACAUAGACAUAUAUAUAUAUAUAUACGAUAAAGAUAAGUGUGUACAUAUACGCGUAGUUCCCUUUCAAAUCGUGCAACGACAUCUAGAAUUAAAGUACCGCCCUAUACACACACACAAAAAUACAUACAUACGUAUAUAUAUAUAUAUAUAUACUUCCGAUCGGAAUCGACGUUUCCGGUAGCCCGCCACACGGAAGUUAACCCAUUCGGACCAAUCGAUAUCGAUACAACACCGAGCUAAUUCUCUCUCGAGAGAGAAAGAGAGGGAGAGACAACAACACUGCGUUCCAAUCAACGCAGCAAGGAGGUGAUUUCGGAGGAAGACGAAACGAGAAGAGAAAGUUUAGAAGAGAAGAUGAGGCGAAACGAGGUGCUCGGCUGAGGUCAUCGAUCGGUGAAUCGAUCGUGAUCUCCUGGUGGCCUCCGCCGCCAGAGACCACCAGGACGAUAUUUCACGCGAUCUAACUUGGAUGAGAAUCGUUGAAAGGGAGGGAAUUUCAUGCUUUGAAUCCUUGAAGAGACAAUAAAUGAAUCUCGUCGAAGGGUAAACGGAAGGUCGUACGGUGGACCGAAAAGGGAGUAGAUAUCGCGCAAGCAAACUCUCCGAAACGUUUUAUAAUUAGUUUGAUAGGACUCGAAAGAAACGAACACAGCCAAGAUGCCGCGUUGUUACAUGGUGAAGAAAGCUCUGUGCAACAAGUACAUAAGCAACGUUGCCAGAGGAUUCGAGAGCUGGGGUCGCGGAAGGAGCACGCCAUCACCGACCACCAUGCAGAUCCCGGUCUCGCCCAUAGAAGGGAGCGUCGCACCCCCUGUUGCUCAAGAAUAUCUGAGCACGCAGUCUCAAGACACGACGACAGGAACGAAGACGCUUGAGCAGGACGUCUCCAAGGGGAAGGCGGACGAGCCCAGCAAUGUGGACAUGACGAUCGCGACAAGCAAUACGGGCACACCAGCGACAGAAGCUCCAAUUACUGCUCGAACGGAGGCAACAUCUCCAACGGUGAUUACCUGCGCCGCUACAGGCUCAUCCUCCACGAUAGCGGCGUCGCAAACAGAAUCGAUCGCCUUGAGUGUCGAGAACACAACGAUCGCCACGUCCACGUUGCCUUUCACAGCUCCCAGAUCACCGUCCAGAACAGCUCAUACAAACUAUCAACAGCACACGAACAUGCCCCAUCACUCGCCUCCGGGGGAGCCUUCUCCUCCUUCGAGCACCGCUACGCCGUAUCACACCGUCGAAGAAACAACGGAUCAUUCCGCAUCCGAAUCGAGGAUAGGGUCCAAUAACGGCAACGUGAUCACCAAUUACGUGUCUUCGAUGUUCAAGGAUCGUUCCGCAGCCGAGACAGAAGCCGCUCACGAUUUGUUGGAGCUCUCGAGGUCUCUUCCGCCAUUACCGCCACCUAGCGUCGCAAUCGGGCCACAGAGCGUGAUAGAAUCGCCUGCCACGGACAUACAAGAAAUGACCGUGUAUCAACCUGAUCAACCGAUCUACCAGGUGAAUACCAUCGAUCUGGCAAACUCAACGGUCUACACGCACCACCAUCAGCAACAACAAACGCCCACCGCGAGCAUUAUUUACGAGCCCAGCGCGACGAUUGUUCAACAAACGGGCAGCGUAUUCAUCCCUCUGUCUCCUGUUCAAGAGAUUCUGCUCACUUAUAGCGCACCGUCCAUUCCGUGCACACCGAUUGUCGCCACUCAACAACCGCCCCAACCUCUAGCGCAGCAACAACAAUCUCACCAGACUAUAGAGGCGGCGCCGCCGUUGACGCCACCUACCUCGGAAUGCAGCAGCGACAUCGAGAAUAACAAUCCUAACUCGCAACCUAGUCAGAAAGAUAAGGAGGUGCAGACUGUGACCGAGCAAACGGAAGUGAAACCGGCCAGUUACACCUACGACACUUUACUGGUGGCUGACGGAAGAUCGAAGAACAAGAAGAUCAUACCUGCUCAGAAGACGCAGGAGACAGAACCAGUCGAAACGCCCGAGACGUCAAAAAUUGGACGAUACGUCUGUUGCGAGUGCGGUAAACAAUACGCGACCUCGUCGAACCUGUCGCGACACAAACAAACGCAUCGUAGCAUCGACUCGCAAUCGGCGAAGAAAUGCAUCCACUGCGGCAAGGCGUACGUCAGCAUGCCAGCUCUGGCGAUGCACGUGCUUACCCACAAGCUGACGCACAGUUGCGGCGUGUGCGGUAAGAUGUUCUCCAGGCCGUGGUUGCUGCAAGGCCACCUGAGAAGUCACACGGGUGAGAAGCCUUACGGGUGCGCGCACUGCGGCAAAGCGUUCGCCGAUCGCUCGAAUCUCCGCGCCCACAUGCAGACCCAUUCCGCGGACAAGAACUACGAAUGUCACAAGUGCCACAAAUCGUUCGCGCUCAAGUCUUACUUGAAUAAACACUUGGAGUCCGCCUGCCAGAGGGAGAACGAUGAGCCCAACAACGACCUAGAUGCGCCACAGUAGAUUCGUUCGAUUCGUUGGGGAAUAGUUGGCGCUCGCGUCGCUGGUUACGAUCAAGUAGGUCGUUGAAUUGUUGGUAAUGCGAGGAUUUGGAGGAUCGAAGAUCUUUGGUUAGGUGUCGCUGUAGUAGAAAAGUAACUUUGAAUUAUUGAGAUUUAUUAUUUUUAUAAAUCUGUUUGACUAAUGUGGAUUGUAAUGAUUGAAAAUAUUUGAAUUUGCUAGAGUUAUAAAAUUAUUCAACUAAUGUGAGUUAUGGUGAUUGAAAAUAUUUGAAUUUGUUCAAGAAGGAAAGUAUUACGUAGGUUAGGAAGUUUUGAAUUGAGAGAAACGAAGUUAUGGAAAAUAGAAAUGACAAUUUUCUUAAUUUUAUUUAUUUAAUAUUCUCGGAUUAAUCAUCGUUCGAAUUUCUGUUUCCAGUUAACGACACGUCGAGCAAAAGACCAAAGAAGCAAUUUUUCCAAGGUGCAAAACUCGCCGGUAGGUCGAUAUCGAUCCGUCUGGAAAUAGAUCUAUAAUGAUGACGAAUUCAUUGUUUCUCCCUUCCUUUCACAAACUUAUAAGAAAAUUCACGAUUCAUACGCUUGAUCGAAUUGGUGAAAGGAAGAGAUGAUCCAUGAAAUAUAUAAAAACAACGGAAAUACUCUCAUCUUAGAGAUCGACAAGUGAUCCUUCAUCGUUGAACACCAACAACGCAUCGUAUUCUCAUUCUGGGUAAGCAAACGAUUUCAAACGCAUUUCAAUCGCGACUCGAGUCGUAACAAAAUUGUUUAAGAACAAAGAACAAACACGUAAAAGAUACGUGUUCGAAGAUGAAACUUAUCUUUCCUACGAAACGGUCAAGGAUCGAAUCAACGUGAAAAUAUCGUGGUUAUAAACCGAUCAACUUUAAAAUCGUUUCAUUCUUCGUGCGAGAUUGGCUCCAAAAAGCGAAGUUUAUUAUUAAAAUAAGCGGAUAUUAAAUUCGCGUUUAAGCUGGGAAAGAGAAGAACUCGAAUACUCUCGAAUUACAUUUACAGGGAUAUAUCGUCCUAAGCUAAGAAGACAAUUUUAUUCGCAUCGAAACGCGUUCGAUGCUAUUCUAACGACAUUCCUUUCGUCCACGAAACGAUAAAAACUCCGUUCGUUGUCCGGUAAAAUCGAUAUUCGCGGGACAUCGAAAUGGAAAACGAAACGACGCUCGUUCGGUUUCCGAUUAAGGGUUUGAAGUACGAUAAAGAGAGGACGCGGAGAACGAACAGCGGCGGCGAGAAUCGAUGCAAUACUAUCGAGGGACCAUCAAUUUGUGAGUAAAAUUCAUUUCGAAUCCGCCGAUCGUCGAUGGAAAUCGGAUCAAUCCUAGUCGAAGGAUUUGAAGAUCCAACGAAAAUAAUGUACGCUCCAAGUAGUAUCUCGAGAGAGCAACGUCCUCUUUGAUACUUAAGGAUUUUUAGAAAUCACAUGGCAAUUUGGCACCUUUUCAUCUUGUUCUUAUUGAUUUUCCACCAAUUCUUCUGAAAAAUCUCCUGAAUGUAAUGUAAUCGAUCGAGUGACAAGCUCAGCAUUAUCAUAUUGUUAAGAUAUCCUUAGAUAUAUUUUACUUCUUCUUCUAUUUCGUUGCAAUUUACCAUGAAACAGAUACACAGAUUAUGUUCUAAGAAUAUUUUAAUUUGUUAAAUGGGGAUUUGAUCAAAGUUUAAUUUAUAGUAUCAUUAAAAUGAAAUUUAUCUCGACUUAAUCUUGAUUAUAAUUGAAAAAAGUUCAAAAAAUAAUUUGCACGUACUUUCUUAAUUAUUAUUAUUAUUAUUAUUUCAGUCUCAUAGUAUAAAAGUACUGUUAAAUGAUACAAAAUGUGACAUAUUAAUUUAAUUUAAUUCAUUACAAUAAUACAAAUAUUUUUUGUAUUCAUCUAUUAUAUUUUUAUAAAAGAUCUAUCUAGAGGAAAGCGAUACAACAAUUUAUCAUCCCCAACUUGCAAUUUAAAAUGAGAAAACAAGAACAGAAUCUAUGAUGAACACUAAUCUCGAACUGGUGAUAAAAACUUUAUCAAAAACUUUUUCAUCGCUUAUCGAUCUAUUCUUCGAUCCUAUAAGAUACCUCAAUCUUCUUCUACGAUUAAUUCUCGAUCAAAGAUAAAAUGAUUCACGCGUGAACGUGAAAAAGAAUAGUCAUUUCUUCGUCGUUGUCAAAGUGUCUGGCAGCCAAACUGACAUUCGAUACGAAACUAUCGAGUGUUCAAUUCGCGGAAAACUUUUCACGCAAGUGUAAUUUCCUCGAGGCAUCCUUUUUCCGAACUUCCAUCGCCGCCCUUGGCGCACAAUGGAGGCGGUGGGGACGGGCACACGUCGAAGGUUUUCAUCAACAUUUCACGUAAACUGGACCACCUGUUGAAUGCUGGAAUGACCAUUGGUAGCGAAAGGGUCGCUCUCUCGUUCCGCUCCCCUAAAUUAUAGAACAGUACUCCUGUAAUUUCCUCGUUGUCAAAAGUAUACGAGAUCGCUUUUUUCUCUCUCUCUCUCUAUAAUAGAAACGGUGGAUAAAGGUGUGUUAAAGAUUGACAGAAUGGAAUUUACAAUCGAGCAAUCGUCUCUAGUCAGGUUCUUUCAAUUAUCGAUCGAACAUUAAUGGAAACUCUAGUCGAAUAAAUUUUUAUUCUCUUUUUCUUGAAAUAAAGAGAUGAAGAUCUGUUUAAUUUUUAUUUAGAUUAAUCAACAGUUUUCUUUCAGAAUCGAUGUUUUUGUAAUGAUUCCUAUAUAACAAGUUGUCAAAUUUGGAGAUUUUUUUUUUCAAAUUGUUUCAAUGAUUCUUAUGAAACCUUGAUGGUGGAUUUCCUCAAACAUCUAGUCUAUUGAAUGAAUAGUCGAUGCAUAGUCGAGUUAUCUCCUUAAAUAUUUAAUACUUACAACGUUUGUAAGGGCAAAUGUAGAUAUUUUUACUGCGAUCAAACUUCGAUUUUAUUAUUCUUAGUCGUUAGUCACUUUUUAUUCAUCAUCUAUUUCACUCGUAAGUGGAACACCUCGAAUCGUGAUAUUAAUUUUAGAACGUUCUACGUUAUAAUUAAUUAAACGAUGAAAUAAAAAAAAAGAAAAAAAAUUGAAGCGUCGAAAGGAAUGUCGGCCAAGAGAAAUAUUCUGCUGAAAGAAACGAAAACCAAAGAUAAGCACCAACUCGAAAAAAUAGAAUAAAAGGAAAAAAAAAAAAGAAAAAAAAAAAAAUAAAAUAAUAACUUAUUCUCUAGUCAACGAGCUACGCUUGUAUCGUAUCGUUUUAUCUUAGGUUGCCCCGGUGAAUCGAUGGGCUUAGUCCUUGUAAUAAUAGGUGAAGUGGUUGUUCUUAUUAAUUUAAGUUGGUCGCUGUUGCUUUCACGUGAGAAAAAAAAAACGCGUUUUUAUAACGACUGUAGAAGAUAUUUUGGUACGAGAAACAUUUUCAGCGAUUAGAACACUUAAGGAUUGACCGAUUAUUAUUGCGUACUCGGUUAGUUCCCGUUAAAUAGUCUUUAAACGGGCGCAAGAACGAACGAGCUUUAGCUAUUUAAGUUUUUGUAUGAGAUACCAAAGGGAUACAAAGGAAAUAUACGUGUAUAUCGUCAACGUUGAUGCAACGUCUAUACAUUUCCUCGCGCCAUGUUCGUUCAACAAAAGGGUGUCGAACCCCUUCGAUCGAAGAGAAUUUCAACGUCUGCACGGUGUUCCAGCAACGUGCAAUUGAUUCGAAACUUAUAAAAUAAUUUUUGGAAAUAGGAAAAAGAAA